AUGGCUCCCCCGUUUCGCGCCGAGCAGAUAGGCUCGCUGCUCCGGCCCGAUGAACUCGUUGCCGCUCGGGCUGCCGCCGGACAUCUCGUGUCGUAUACCACCGAGCCAGUCCCUGAUGCCCUCAGAAAAAUCACAGAGGAUGCGAUCGCUGGAGCGGUCGAGCAGCAAUUGCAGCGGAAGGUCCGACCCAUCAUGUCUGGAGAAUACGAGCGAACCAUCUACUAUUCCGGCUUCUUCGAGCGCCUGCACGGCUUCGAAAUUGUCCCGGACGUGCCUGUCCCCGCGGGACUACGAAAUGGACUUCCCGUGGUGAACGUCAUGAUCCGCAACGGGAUGACCGCCCGCGAAGCAGUAAUCGCCGUCGACAAAAUCCGCUACGUUGAGAGCCCGUACCUCGCAGACUGGGAGUACCUGCGGAGCCUUGUGCCCCCGGCAGAAUGGAAAGAGUGCAAGAUCACCAUCCCCCCGAUCACCUGGCAGCAUCUGCAGCUGCGCGCCGGUACUGCCUUUACCGACCGUAGCCCCUACUCGACGGACAAAGAAUACUUUGCCGAUCUUGCCCAAGCGUACGCUCAGGAGCUGCGGACGUUGUAUGAUGCAGGCCUGCGGUCGAUCCAGGUGGACGACCCCCAGCUGCUGUAUUUCGUGACGGACGAGUUCCGCUUGGGCUGCCGCGCGGAUGGGAUUGAUCCGGACGAGCUGCUGGAGCUUUACAUCUGGGCGCACAACCAAUGCCUGGUGGGUCGGCCAGCGGACUUGCACGUGGGCAUCCAUCUCUGCCGGGGCAAUAUGCCCGGGUCGACCCACAUCAUCAGUGGCUCGUAUGAGCGCAUUGCGCGGCGUCUGUUCACGGGACUGGACUUCGAUACCUUCUAUCUCGAGUACGACACAGAGCGAGCAGGUGACUUCCAGCCGCUGCGGUACCUGCCGGUGGGCAAGAACGUGGUGCUGGGCGUCGUCUCGACUAAGAGUCCGGAGAUGGAGUCCCUGGACGAGCUCGAGGCCCGCGUGUACGCAGCGGCGGACGUCCUCGAUACCACAUUAGGGGUGAGUCCGCAGUGUGGGUUCUCGAGCAUCAGUCGCGGCCGGGGCAUUGGGAUGACGGACGGGAAGAUGUGGGAAAAGCUGCAGCUGGUGCAGAAUCUGGCCGAGAGGAUUUGGGGACGGACCGCUGGGGUUCCGUGA